UCCACCUGAUAGUGGGCGGGUUUUAGUCCGCAGCUAAGGUGGCUAGCUCGCCGGUCGGCCUUACCCAACGCCUCUCUCCACUCUCCACCCCCCACCCCGCCUGCCGCCCUCUCGGCUCCUCCUCUUGACUCCAGCCAGCAGCGGCCGCCGCGUGUCUCAUUCAUCCGCCGUACCAGGGACGAGGUGCGCAACGCUGCCGUAUUCGUUCACGGAAGACUGGAAAACCCGAUUCAGAGGGAGAGGCUGACCGCCUCUGAGGAGAAGAUGUCGAGCUGAACUACACGGAGGAGGAAAAGGGGUUCUACUGGCCGCGCCAUGUCCUUGCCUCCUAUCGCGCCACCACCUGCUGCCGCCCCCCGACUACAGCUUAGGAAUCAGCAACAGCCUUCGCCGCCAGUGGCGGCACCCAAAAAGGCGGCGGCACCCCUCGCUCCAGCCAAGCCUCCUCGAAAAGGUCGCGGUGCGCCUUCGGAGCACUCCGGCGCCUUUUCGAGUUCUUGGCCCAGCGCUUCUCUCCAAAAGCAGCUGCCGCGUAACAGAGCCGCCCAAGCUAGCAGGAAUCCCACGCCGCCCAAAGCAGCAGCAACAGUAGCUCCCGUCUUGGGGGCUCCUCAAUCUCUCGCCCGAGGCCGCUCAGUCUUGGGGCCGCCGGGCUUGGGCACACGCUCCUGCGAGAGCCCUUGCGCGGCGCAAGCAGGACGUGGAGAGGCCGCGCUACGCUUUUCGCUCAGCCUUCCCCCGGAGGCAAUCCGAGUGCUGCAGCGCCGGAGCCUGGAGAAGCAGCACCAGCAGAAGCCCCGAGGGCGGACGCCCUGCUCCGCCUCCCCCGACGCCACGAAACGCCUCCUGGCGGGCGGCUCAGCCGCCGGCGGGGACUUGCGCGCUCUCCUACAGGUGUCGCUGCUGAACGAACACCACCGCUACGACGAUGUGGAAUACGAGGAGGAGGUAGAAGGGGUGGCCGGUGGCCCUGGCGCCUGCACGGCGGAUGAAGGGCUGGUGCGCAAGUGCACCGAAUGGCUUCGAGGCGUGGAGAACGCCGCUGCCCGGGACCGGACCGACAAACUGGACACCCUGCCUCACUUGAGCACCCUGUGAGCUCUUUGCGAGUGCCUCCUUAUGCUCGCAAACGCCCUUUACAAAGAGGCAGGCGCAGGUCCUCCAUGUUUUUUCCCAGGUUUGCAUCGCAGUUUGUUCAUCGCGGAAGGCCUUUCCACAUCACCUGUUGUUGUCUAUGAGCGGAUUUCUUCCAGGUCGGCAGAAAGCUUUUCCACCAGCGCAGGGGUGUUGUGUGUGUGUGCCUUUUCUCAAAAUUAAUAUAAACGUUCCAUUAUAAUCUGCUCCAAAGUCAGCCAUCCCUCUCUCUUGCCAGAGUCGCAUCAUCUAAACAUCUUUCUAAUGGAUUGCUACAGUUGAGCUGCACAAUUCAUCUGUGCUAAUAGGAUGUCGAAGGAAAGGUGUUUACCAACACUCCCCCCCCCAAAGUCAAUGGACAUGAACAUGAGAUAAGCCUGCCUAAAGAGUACUCUGACCCUGGGUUGGGAAUCAGUUUCACGUUCUAAAUGGGCCAUAUUUCUGGGGCGUUGCCAAAAGAAAAUGUCUUGGCUCAAAAUACUAUAAAAAAGGUCAGUUUUGCUGAUGAUGCUGGGAAGAAUUAACCUGUUGUAUUAUUCUUGGUUGGCCUACUAGUUAUGACAGAAAGGGGAAUGAAGUUCCACCCUCAGUGUAUAGAUUUUACUGAGACUGGCCACAUACAAGUAUUGAACUGUCUCAUCUCAUUGUGUUUUAACUUAUGGUAACGUAACAACGCGCUUAAUGUUUAUUUUAUUUUUGUACUCUUUGCAAGGAACUGAGUGCACAGAGACAGCUGAAUCUGUUUUGUCACCCUUUACAAAGGCUUAAUUUGCAGUCUGAGGACCAUGAGAUGGUAAGGAAACAGUUUCUCCAAUCUUUCUUUCCUGAUCCUCAGAUUGCAAAGUUUACAAAAGUGCUUUUGUACUACACAAUAAGGUGCUGUGGCACAAAGAAAGAGACUGUGCAGUACCAGAACUUGGCACAAAGUGUACUAACAAGCUUUUUUAAAAAAAAAUAUGAGUACAUUGUAAAUGAAGAAUAACACAGUGAUUUUGUAAAUUUGUAAUACUUCUAUUUAUUUGAAUAAACAGUUAAAAUUUGUGAGGAAA